AUGAAUGCACUCGCUUUAUCGCUAUCGGCUAUAGCGGUGUCUGCUUUUUUCGUCUGGGCGAGCCCUGUCAUCGAUAACGAUGCUUGCUACUGGGACGAGGCCCUAAGUAUCUGCAUGCCUGACAGUCUCUGCAAGCUCAAUUUCAACAUGGGCGACCUCGAUUUCGACCAAACCUGCCGUGUGAAAAAAGGAUUGAACUUGUACCCGCAGCAGAUCCACCUGGCUUUCGCGGGAAAGAAGGCUGGCACAGCCAUGACGGUGUCGUGGGCGACAUUCGAGCCUGUAACCGACAGCUCUGUGUGGGUGGGCACGUCCAAGCUGAAGCUAGAGCUGGUGGACACGCCGGUGUCUAGCACUAGUUACUACAGCGACGAUGAGUACAAUUUGUUCCACCACCACGCAACAGUUACCGGUCUCAAGCCUCAUACGAAAUACUUCUACAAGGUGGGAUGUCUCAGUGACGACAAGUACACGAGCGACAUCAGUUCGUUCGUGACGGCGCGUCCAGCCACCGAUAAUAGCUCUUUCAGCGUGCUCAUCUAUGGUGACCUCGGAGACGGCAAGUACUCGGCCGAUACGAUCGCAAGCAUCAACAACCUCACCUCGCAUGAUAUUGACCUCGUGUACCAUCUCGGCGAUAUCUCGUACGCCGACAACGAUUACCUGACGCUCGAUCAAGCUGCAGGAUUCUUUUACGAAGAAGUGUACAACAAGUGGAUGAACGCGUUGAUGCCGCUGAUGAGUCGCGUCCCGUAUAUGGUACUGCCGGGAAACCACGAAGCAGAAUGUCAUUCACCACGAUGCAUGGUAUCGAGGGAAAAGCGGACGGCGUUGGGCAACUACGCUGCAUACAACACGCGCUUUAAGAUGCCGUCCGAAGAGAGCGGCGGCGCUUUGAAUAUGUGGUACUCGUUUGACCACGGUCCGAUCCACUUUGCAUCACUCUCAUCGGAAACGGACUACCCCAAUGCGCCUACCAAUCAAUUUGCUCGCAACAAACGAUAUGGAGACUUUGGUGAUCAGCUGAAAUGGAUUGAAGCGGAUCUAAAGAAAGCGAACAAAAACCGAGACAAAGUGCCGUGGAUUUUCGUUGGUAUGCAUCGCCCGAUCUACAGUGUCCUUGACUCCAAAAGCGACGUACCAAUCGGGCAGACACUGGCUGUCCAGGCAGCCUUUGAAGAGCUCUUACUUCGGUUCAAAGUGGACGUGGUGUUGACUGGGCACAAGCACUAUUACGAGCGGCAACUGCCAACUGCUAAGAACAAAGCCGUAAUGGAUGGCGUUUCAUCGAAAUACACGGUGUACGACAACCCGAAGGCUCCCGUACACAUCAUAACAGGAGGGGCCGGUCAGUCAGAAGGCAUGUCUGUACCACCGACACACAACGCGUCGUGGAAUGCUGUCAACGAUUACGAGCACUUCGGGUACACAAUUUUGCACGCGAAUCGCACGACACUGUUGUGGAAGUAUGUUUCGAGCGCCGACCAUUCUAUCCUCGAUCAGUUCGCCAUGUUGAAGACCGACGCCGUGUCUUCUAAGUAA